CUUUCCGCCAAUGAGAUGCAAGGGAACCCUGUUUCCUUGGAAACGGGGCCUCCAUAACACUUUUCUUGCCUCUCGUUUAUAUGAGCCUCUCAGUCAUUCCUGUCUUUCCAGGCAGUGGCUUCGUAAAGGAAUGGAGGUGUCCUUUGAAGACGUGGCUGUGUAUUUCUCGGAGGAAGAAUAGACAUUGCUGGACGAGGAGCAAAUAGCCUUGUAUAGGGAGAUCAUGACGGAGACCUAUGAGAAUGUGGCCUUCAUGAAUGACACUGCCAACAAGCCCAAGCCCCAGACUUCAACACCUUCCAAGAGUCUAGGGGUCGGCGUGAAAGCACCUGUCAAACGUUUCAGGUUAGAACCUCUGGAUUCAGCUAAACUUGUUUCUAAGAAGCAACGCAGUAGAGACACGUUGCUAUUCAAUCAAGUCCAAGCAUAUAUAGCUGUUAACGAUUGCUUUACUGAGCUUCGCAGAAUGGCGGAAGAAGGGAACGCCUGUUAUAUGCAUUUUAAGGAAUGUAAAAAGAAGGUGGAACAAAUCGUUUUACAUGAUAUUCCAGCUCUUUAUAAUGAAAUGAAAGCAACACUCCUUGGUCACUGUCAGAUAAGUAGAAGGUUGUCCAGGAGAGGUAAAGGAGAGCAGAAGAAGCCCCCUCCAAGAGGCCUGUACUGGAGGGGACGUAAAUUGGUAAGCAAGGCGAAAAAAACUCUUGCCAAAUCCAAAAUUAACCAAAAACGUAAACAGGCUCUGUACUCAAGGAGGGCAGGCCCAACUACCUCUUCUACUAGUACAGACACACAGAGGGAAGGGCAUUCUGAACCUGCCGAGGGGGAACACCAACUCCAACACGUAGACUCCCCAUCUAAUGAGGAAGAGCACCAACUCCAACACGUAGAUUCCCCAUCUAGUGAGGAAGAGGACCAACUCCAACACAUAGACUCCCCAUCUAGUGAGGAUGAGCACCAACUCCAACACGUAGACUCCCCAUCUAGUGAGGAUGAGCACCAACUCCAACACGUAGACUCCCCAUCUAGUGAGAAUGAGCACCAACUCCAACACGUAGACUCCCCAUCUAGUGACGGGGAGUACCAACCCCAACAGGUAGACUCCCCAGGUAUUGAGGAUGAUGGGUCGCCUCGUGUGUUUCCAGAACACGUGCGCUCAUGACAUUCUACCUAUCCAAAAUUUAAUGCGUUGCGUAUUGGGGCAGCAUGCAGUUUAAAAAAUUUAGAAACCGUGAGAUCAUACGCUGAGGUUAUAAACACAUUAUACGCUGCUACCCAAGGUGUCUUAGAUGACCUGGACCAGAGAAUUGAUCCACACGAUUGUGUUCAGGUGAGAUUAGAAGCCUCAGGGCUACAAAAUCCCCUCAUAUUUUUUAAAAGAAGAUGGGAUCUCUUUAAUGCUAAGAGGUUUCUGGCCUAUGUGAGCCUUUGCUUGCAAAGCAACAUGAAAGUAUGUGCGCAUGCGGAUUUUGAGCUCGUAAUCACCAUAAUAAAACGGCCAGAAAAGUGGUGCACAUCGAAAACUGGGGUCCCUCCCUGCCAGUGAAAUAAUUCGCAGGAAGAGACAGUAAAUUGUAAUAGAACUAUAUACAGUAGAGUCUCACUUAUCCAAUAUAAACUUGCCAGCAGAACGUUGCAUAAGUGAAAAUGUUGGAUAAUAAGGAGGAAUUAAGGAAAAGCCUAUUAAACAUUGAAUUACAUUAUGAUUUUACAAAUUAAGCACCAAAACAUCAUGUUUUACAAUGAAUCGACAGAAAAAGCAGUUCAAUACACGUUAAUAUUAUGUAGAAAUUACUGUAUUUACAAAUUUAGCAUCAAAACAUCACAAUGAAUUUAAAACAUUGACUACUAAAAGGCUGACUGCGUUGGAUAAUACAGAACGUUGGAUAAGUGGAGGUUGGAUAAAUAAGACUCUGAUAUGUUUAAAGGGGAAAAUUGAAAACUAGAUGGAUAGCAGUUUCUUAUUAUGAUCAUUGUUAUUUUCAAUUAGAAUAUGCAAAAUGUUAAUAUGCUCAAUGAUGAUAUGUAUAAGUUGUAUUAAGGUGUGCAAUAUAUGAAUAUGUCUUUUUAAAUACCAUGUACUUUCCCAUCACAGAUACAGGUUCUUUAUUGUUGCAUUUUUAGAAAAAUUGUCAGUUGUAUAUUCUGAUAAUAAAAAAAAUUAAAAAGAGACAA